AUGAGCCACGAACUCACACUCAUCGUUGCGGCGACGCGCAACAUGGGCAUCGGAGCCAAGGGUGGUCUCCCUUGGACGGGACUGAAGAAGGAGAUGGCGUAUUUCGCCCGGGUAACAAAGAGGCUUCCAACACAGGCUCCCUCUGGGGCAAGGAACGCAGUGAUCAUGGGCCGUAAAACCUGGGACAGCAUCCCUCCUCGUUUCCGCCCUCUCAAAGGCCGCCUCAACAUUGUCAUCAGCCGUUCCUACCCUGCGCUGGACUUGUCAAACCCAGCCCCCGCAGACUUUGACAAAGAGCCCGUGAAGGUCAGUUCGCUGGAGCAGGCCCUGUCUUUCCUGCGCAGCCGCUCCGAUAGCGCAGACGUGGGCAAAGUCUUCGUUAUUGGAGGCGCGCAGAUCUACGCCGCCGCGCUGGAACUGCCUGAAUCGAAGCGAGUGCUGUUGACGAGAGUCUUGGGGGAUUUUGAAUGUGACGCGUUCUUCCCGCUCAAGCUUGGUGGUCAGGACUCAGCUGCGGACUGGAGACGGGCGGAGAAGAAAGAGUUGGACGAGUGGGUUGGUGAAGAGGUUGAAGGGGGCGAGAUCGAGGAGAAUGGCACGCGGUAUGAGUUCCAGAUGUGGGAGAAGGCUUAA